UCUAGAUUUAAUUUGACCUUCGCCGAAUUUUAACAUAAUAUGUUGAAAUGAUUAUUUUGAAGUCAUAUUAAGUAUAUAAGUUGAAUUUAUGCGGUGCAGUGAUGGCUCAACCGAGUCAAGUAAACCUCGAUAUAGACGAUGAGGCGAUAGCAGAGAGUAGUACUCGUAAUAAUGUUAUACAUAGAAUGGACUCGGUUACCAGGCCAUUGGCUCCAAAUAGAAAUAAUUUAGGUCUAGGAGAUCGACUGAACAGUGUGUUUAGGGAAAUUAGACCCCUGGUAGAACAUGCCAGAAUGGGCAAUAAUGCUAGAUUGUCACUUCCUACAUGGCUACCAAGGAAUCCUCCCGGAACACACCAGCCUGGCGAAGGACCUCAACGACCACAAAGUUCCAUAGCACAUGUGAAUUUAGGCCCCGGAGCUCAAACUUAUAUUGUAACUGAAAGAGGAACACCAGUUAUACAAAGGAGUAUUAGUCAUGGCAUGAGUAAUAGUCCAUCGAAUGAAUCUAACAUUUCUGAGCAGGCACCAGAACAUGUUGACAUAAAUGUCUCUGUAAAUCCGUCGAAUAAUAAUAAUAUUAAUGACAAUGCAGAUAACGAUAGUCAGAGCGAAGAUGGAACACAACAGGUGGUGGAUAUUCGGGCGACAUUAAAUCUGUUGUUACGCUAUGCUCCGUUCUAUUUCAUAUUAUUCAUAAAAUAUAUGUAUGACAGCAGAGAGGGUAUAUUCACAUUCUUUGUUUUGUUCUGCACAUUCUCACACAGUAACAGUAUUGUCAGGAGAGAAAAUGGCAAACAGAUGAAUCGCAGUAUACUAGCGUUGUUUAGUGAAUUAAUUCUUGCAUCCAGUUGCAUUUUCAUCGUUCACUUUCUGUUUGGUCACGGGAAACUUUUGCCGAAUGUGAUAAUGUUUCCGGGAUAUACGGAGCCAAUCGAUGUAUGGGAGCUAUUGUGGCUGGUUGUGCUCACCGAUCUCAUAGUGAAGAUCAUCACCGUUAACAUUAAAAUUGUGAUCACAAUGAUGCCAGCUUUCAUUUUGCCAUUCCAGAAGAGGGGAAAGGUGUACCUGUUCACGGAGGCCGUGUCACAGUUGUACCGCUCACUAAUAACAAUUCAACCGUGGAUUUUCUACCUGAUGCAAUCCUACGAGGGUUCAGAGAAGAUGGUCGGCAUGUUCCUCACGUCCGUGUACGGGAUCGCGAAGGUCGUGGAGAUACUGGUUCGGCUGCAAUUGUUUAAAAAUGCUACGUGGACUCUGUUGCAGAGUGUUAACCUGGGCACGAAGCCGACGUGCGAGCAGCUGGUGUCGGCGGGCGACGCGUGCCCCAUCUGCCACGACGACUACAGCACGCCGGUGCGGCUGGGCUGCUCGCACAUCUUCUGCGAGCUGUGCAUCGCGGCGUGGCUGGACCGCGAGCACACGUGCCCGCUGUGCCGCGCCAAGGUCGCCGACGAGCCCACGUGGCGCGACGGCUCCACCACCUACGACUUCCAGCUCUACUAGCUCGCUGCCGCCCCACCGCGCUCGCACCUCUCACCUCUCACUGUUUUCAUUCGAGUCCUCCCACGUUUACCCGUGCACGUUAUUUUUAGUAUCUAUAUCUUUAAAAUCGCCCUCGGAAGACAUGCGGCACCCACGAUUUCGAACAUUAUCAUCUACGAUAAAUCGGAUUGUUAUAGUACUAUGUUAACUAACUGGAUAGAAUGAAAGCACAUACUUUAUUACCAUUAUCGGAUGUAUCAGAUCCACAAAAUUAUAGGCCACUCCUCGAGUAGAAAUCUUAGGCAAAAAAAUACAAGUCGAUUUACGCGUUUAAAGAUAAGUGAGACGAUUCCAGCAUAUAAGACAUUCCUAAGAAACGAUUUGGCCAAUGAAGGUCACGCGGAUUAACCAAUCAGUACAAAAGAGUAAUUUCCUUUAUGAGUUCGUUUCGUGGAAUUGACUUUAGAUGUAAUAUCUUACAAGAUUUUUAAAGCACCUUUGUAUCUCAACUAACUCUAAAUAAAAUUAAUGAAAUAUCAUUCAGUUCAUAUACGCGCAGGCAGGCAGGCGGUACUCCGCCAUUAGCCCUUUAGCUUUAUAAAACAAGAUUGCCUUCAAUUUCUCAUGGUUGACCAUCAAAUAGGAACCAUUGCCUUAGUCUUCAAGACUAUUAUUUAUAUCUUAAUCAUUUUAUCCAGAAAUUAACUUGUUAAUUUUAUUGUGAAACAGGAAACUAGUGCCCUUUCUCUCAGUUUAACUUAAUUUUUUUAACAUGCCGCGUUCGACGUUUCACUGGUUUUUGUUUUGUUUUUAGCGAAUAUUAAGAUAACUGGUACUAAGAUUGAAAUAAUAUUCAUUAUUAUAUUUUUAGUAAUUUCUUAUGCACUAGAUAUAUCCUGCUAAUUUAAUCUAUUAAAGUAUACUAUAAAUAGUUGACAGGGAAAUCUUCUGUGCUAGUACACUAAAAAUAAAUUAAAAUUAUUGAAAUAAUAUAAAAUACGUAAAUAAUUCUAUAUUAAUGCGAUAAGCUUUACAAGUUUACAAAAACGGUGAUUGAUUUCUAGAUGGAACUUUAAAAAAAUUAAAAUAUUUUCAAAAACAUAAAUACUGUCCACAAAUGAUGUAUUAAAAAAAUUUAUCACAAUUAGUCAAAAUGUCAUCUCAGUCAAGGUGGAUAACCUUAAGUACUAAAUGUUCAUAUAGAAUGCAAUUUUGAAAAUAAAAUGGUGGGUAUUUAACUGCAAAGUUAAUUAUAGUCUUAUGUAUUAUAUAUUUACAAUAUAUCCAAUUUAGACUUGGAAGUAUUAUCAAAGGCGAUAUAUGUAUUCUGUUUUUAAGCCUGACUUCGAAUAGCCUUAAUUUCUUCAUUCAUCUGGAUAUUAAUGUUACUUAUCAAUUCAAUUAAUUUUGACAUAAAUUCAAACGACCUCAAAGUGCGUGAUGUCAUUGGAUAUUUUAUAAGGCGACAGUAACUGUAAUUUUUAAGUCUACAAAUUGAAUUACUUCAGUGUUUUAUCAAUAUUAUAUUAAGUAUGCUACGGGCCUAAUAUAUAUAGAGGUUAUAAAUAUUCAUUCCUUCUUGCUCUCUUUAGUAGGGAACUUAAUUCCUAUCCUUUCCUAAUUGUAUUUAAUAUAUAAAAUUUUAUUUAUAUAAAGUUUACAAUACAAAUUAUUAAUUAUAUAUUAUUUCAUAAAAAUUAAAGGGAAUAAGUAGUUCCUUCAAAAUUUGCACAGAUAAUAAAUUUGUGUAUGUAUUUAAAAGAAAAAAUAUAAAAUUCUGGUGCAAUUUGAACGAUAAAAACUUUCCAAUGUUGUUUACUUUCCACUUCACUGGAAUUUUUUCUGGCAUAUGCGCCUGACGAUGUAAGUAACAAAAACAUAUAUUCCAAUAUUUUAUUUAUUAUAUUAAUUUAUAUAUAAAUGUACAGUUUUUGUACAUAUGUAAAUAAUAGAUAUAAUUGUUCCUUAAUAUAAGAAAAAUAUGAUAUAGAUUAAUGUUGAAUAUUGCUGUUACUUGAAUUAUAAUUAUAUAAUCAAAGUGUAUUAAAAUCAAUAAAACCCUAAUUAUUGUAACAGCUGAUUUCUCCGUGUAUAGAAUUAGUUUUAUUCAAAUUAUUACUAUAAUUUUCUAUGAGGAUUCGAUUUGGAACUGGCUUGUGUAAGUUGAGUUUUUUAAUAAUUCUUAAAAGGUCACUAUUCGAUUUUUGAAAUAAUUGUGAAAUUUACAAUUAUUAUUAUUUUUAUUAUUAUUUGUACAUAAUUAUUAUACAACUAUGUUUGUAAUUUUUUUUCCUCAAAUAUGAUGGUUUAAUUUAUGGUAGUUUUUUGUGCCAAAGGUCAAAAUUACAUAUAUAAUUGUAAUAUACAUUUCUUUCUUUCUUUACAAGUAAAAUCUUUAAAUAAUUGUAACAUUUAAUUUUAUAUUACAUAUGAAUCCUUAUUGAAAAUUGUAUGUAGUAAAUAGUGCAUUUAAGAGUUUGCUGCCAAAAACAAAUGAUUUAUAAAACUAUAGAUAACAAAUUAUGCGAUUGUGUAUGGUUUAAGAGCCUUGUGAACCAGAGAUCUACAAACUUUGUUUACGUGAUAUAUUUUUUUUAUUUUUUAAAAUCGGCAUUCUUUUUAAUAAAAUUUUUUUAUUAUCUUUUUUUAUUGUCUAAUUUUUACGAAAUCACAUACAAAUAAAUGCUUAUAUAUACUUACGAUACAUAUAUUUUUUAGUGGAUAAAACCUUCGCUAGAAUAAUAGGAUGUUUAUCCAUUUUUAUUUUAGUAAUAUUAUAAUUGUCUGUGCGGAUAGAAUAUCUCAAAAAAAAAAUUGCAAUCAGUUGACGAAUGUUUGAAUAUCUCUGGUUUAUAUGAAAAUGCUUUAAUGUGAGUUUUGAAUUAAUAAUACCUUAUAUAACCGAACUACGGAAUAUAAUCCUCUUAAAGUUAUUAUAGAUUAUGAAAGUAUGCAAUAAAUAAUUCCCAGAAGUGCAAGGUAACGUUUAUGUAUUUUAUAAGCAUAAUGUGAUAAAGUAAUA